AUGGCUCCCGUCUCGGAGGCCUAUUUCCCGUCCCUGGACAAGUGCUUCUCUGGGGACGUCCAACUUUUGUCCUGGGAACGAGCUUUUCUGUACGCCAAUGACUCCGAAAGUCAUGCUGACGAUGGAGACAAUAUUGGUGCCUUCUUUUCACAUCCAGAGGUUAUCCAACUACUUUCUGACGGCUUGAAACCAUUUCCUCCUCCUUCGCCGAAAUCCAAAUCCGCAUUCGAAUCCAAAACUGCCGCAAUUCAUGUCGAGACCAAUGGCCAGAGCUCUUUUGACCUGAAGGAGAUCAAGGCAGACGCUCUGUGGUUGAGCCAGAAGGCCCAAAUCGACGAGAUCGCCGCUCUUCGGAUUACUAUACUGGAAUGGCAAAACCGUCCCGCAAAGCGCCUAACAAGUGGCUUCUCUAGCGAGGAAGCGACCAGUUUACAGAGCGCGGCUGGGGCCGAAAAUCUUCGAGGCUCUUUGGCCGGCCCCAACUUUGCCAGCCUAUUGAGUCAGACAGCGCGAGACGAUGGUGUUCAAUCCUUCGAUAAGGAAGAGAGAAGGCAUCUGCGCCUCUGCGAGGUAUAUCUCUCCGAGGCAAGCCACAUAGUGAAGACACUCCGCAAGCUACUUGUUCUGUCCCUGCACGAUGCCAUUUCAGCCGACUCAACCGUUUUCGACCCUUCCGAUCGGAAACUUGCUCUUCGUAAAACUGGAACCACAAUCUUCGAAAGCAGGUCGACUGGAGCUGGAUUGAACCAGUUUAUUCAAGAAUGCAUCAGCUCCUUGCGCAGUCGGUUAACUAGCUUAAAAGCUGACGGUAGCUGGCUCGAUGCUGUGGACAGCGGCGAGGAGAUAGAAGGCAUCUGGCGAACCAACCUUGUGGAGGAGAUGGUUCAUAUCAUGCAAAUCAUGUUCCACCAGCUUCACGCCUCGGUGGAAGUUCCUGAUGCAGACCUCUUCCUGUCCUGGCUCGAGCUCAUGGCCGAGAACAGCUUUUUGGAGCCAAUCAAGGUGCCUUGUCAACAGCCAGUGGAGGUCUUGUUACCGCUGCAAGCUUUCGCGUCACUUACCACAAUAGAGUUCUUAAAACCCUCUCUCGCCAUAUCUAUUAUUGGAGAUCCCGAAUAUCUUCCAUCUUCGUCAACGCCUUAUUUCUUGUGCAAAGAAAAAAUCUCCAAAAUCAACGAGAUUUUCCUUGACGUCUGCGGUCAUGUGAAUACCGCGAACCCAGCGGCCUUCUUGUGGGGUCUGGUUUUGCAUGCUAUGACAGGGAGGGCAGAAUAUGAGAGGGAAAGUGAUAUACCAGCAUUUUAUGAAGACAUCCUUGAUUGCGCCAGGACGCCAAAAGCCACCACUGAGGAUGCUAUUCCCAUUUUUGUCUCCGAUGGUGUUAAAGAAUCGACGUUCAGCACCAUUAUUGCUCUGGCGACUAGCAUUGGAUCAACCUCAGCCGUCGAUGAUGACCUGACUGAUCAAUGGGCUCGACUAUCACUUCUCGACCUGCUCCGCGUCGUUGUUACGUUCUUAGAAGAAUACUCCCCGGAGAUCGUGGGGUCAGUUCUAGCUGUUCUGAGUGGUCCUGAGAACGGAUUGUCAAGGAAUCUCGAAUCCUUUAGUCCUGCCAACGACCCCAAAGUUAUAUUUGCCAAGGAUGAAAAUCUGAUGGCGCGCAUAUUCCACAUUGCGCGGUCUCGUUUCCCUUAUGAAACGGCACCCUUUUUACAGCUGUGCCGUGCUCUCAUCAGUGGACACAUGUUGGACGAGGAAGGAUUGCCGGUUAUUCUUGAGGAGUUAGAGAACAUGGACUCCUUCACUCAGAAGGUAUCGCCUACUUUCCAAGGCUAUGCCACCAUUCGGGAAGACGAGAACGCCAACUUUGUCUCUCUGCUGCAACCCCUUCCAAUGCUCGAAACGUCGUCUCACGCCCGUCACAACCAGUCAAGCAAUGCUUUAAUAGUCAGCAGUUCUUCCCAAAUCCCACAUCAGAGUGUGGGACAGGUCAUUUCUACCUCCAAACCUGCAAUUAUCAUGUGGAGGCAUCAAUACUCCUGCUUAAGCUUCUUGGGGAGCUGGCUGGAGGCAUGGAGUGAGUCCGGUGGACAAUUGCCUGGUUGCGAUGAUGACAACGUUGCGGAUAUCAUUGCGCUCUUGGCAGACUUGAUAGCCAACUCAAAGGCUCAAAAUUCUGACGAGGCGAGUGGCAAGAGAAUUCUGGAGAUAGCCAGCGAUGGGUUAUCCAAACAAGGUGACAUCGUUUCUGUGGUGUUCGAUAUCUUUGAGCGUAAUUUGCAGACCGUCGGCUCCCGGGGCGACUCAUCCAGGUCUUUGAACGCUAUCAUGGCAUGCCUGCGCUUUAUCAAGGCACUUUUGAGAAUUUUACCCAGUCGAGUAUGGCCUUUCCUUGCCCGCAGCAGUCUGAUUGGUUCCGAUGGCAAGGGUGGUGUCAUGACAGCGAUCAUUUCGGCCAUCGAAAUGCCUUCCGGUGAAUAUCCGUUCCUUCUGGCCUGUGUCGAUCUUGUGGAUGCUGUCAUCGACGAUGCGGCAUCGCGAGCAGUGUUACGGAAGAGUCCGGGCAGCGCGGCGAGCAAAUCAGUCAUUGCCUCUGACUGUAGUGCCGGUAUCCCUUCUCAUGUCAUGAGAACCAUCUUAUUGAAUUUCACUCGUACGACGGUGGAGAUUUUCAACAGCAUUGGGAACUGGAGGUUCAACCAGCCAGAGCAACGGUUUAAGAUCAACUCGAUGCUUGCUAUUUCAUUCGAACGUGUUCUAUACUACGCCUUUGGAAUCAACGACAGCCCGAAACUUGAGUCCAAAGUUACGGGCGUGUUCUCUUCAUCUGCAGGCUACAUCUUGGACAUGCUGCGUCCUCGGUCAACCGCUGACCUGCCCUUCAAUCCUAUCCUUCGGCUGGUUUCUGAGGGCCUCCAGACACCCCCAACACUCCACUUCAGAUAUCUCGUUCUCGUCGAGGAACAGGUCAAAUCUACACUGCGGCUCUGUAUUAAACUUGUGCAAGCUGCUCAACUCGCAGAACAACCCAGCUCACUUCUUGAGGAACAACUCUUCAAAGCCAGUCCUGCCCUGGUCAAGCUCUAUGCACUGCAUGAUGCGUAUAAAUUACCAGUCGUGUCGCUUCUCGAGAUCUUGAUCUCAACAGCCGCCUCAAGUCCAGAUAACGAACCUCCGUCCCUUGUUGGCCACCUUGGAGCAGAGUCAUCGUGUUUGUUCCUUGAUGUCUUAUCACAACUCGACAAGCCAACGUCCGAUCGGCCUUUGCUCCUUGCAGUGUGGCAGCUGCUGUCGACAUUUGUUAGCAAACGCCAGCAGUGGCUUGCAGUAUUUAUUCUCACGGGAUCAUCUCCUCGUGAAACUUUCAAGAAGGAACCUACUUCGGGCGGCCUCAAGAUGAGAAGCAAGCCAUUUUUGGAAAUGGCACUUGAGAAACUGUCUCACAUUGAUCAACAAGAACCGCAAGUGGCAUUGGCAAUGCUCGAGUUCGUCUCUCGUGCUCAAGAAAGCUGGCCAUGGGCCACUCCCCAUCUGAACAAGCACCCGCAGUUCUUCACCAGCAUAAUAAGCUACGUUGCAAAGAUGAAGAUCUCUUCUUUGCCCGUGAUGGAUCAAAUCCAUGCCACACGAAUCGCAGCCGUUGUCGCGGAUGUAUGUGCGGUCUACCUACACUCUGCAAAGGAGAUGGGCGACCGAAGCUUUAUCAAGACCUUAAUCCCAUUGGUGUCAUGGUAUGCCAAGGAUGCAGUUGAAGUAUCGGCGUACAAUUCCUCGUUGCAUGCCAACUUGAAGAAGAAUUUCGAGAUGCGGUACUCGGGUUGCAAGAUCACCGACUUCAAGCGGACGCCGCUCGAGGUUCGUAGUCUGGGACGGGAUUACUACUACGAUCUCAGCAUGGGCGGCAAGCUGCUGUCUUACGACUUUGCCUGGGCUGGCAGUAAAAACCGCGGCUUUGCCGAGGAGUUUGAGCGCGCCAAUAUCAAUCUGUCUCUCGUCGAGGCACAGGUGAGUCUCCUCAAUAGCUGGAAAUUCUUUGCUAUCGAGCACUGUGCCGACUUCAUGCCCGACACCGAAGUCCGGAAGUCAAUGGCUCUAGUCGCACAAAGUUGCCUAAAUGCCAACACCAGCAGUGGCCCUCCUGAAGCUAUCUUCGAGCGGAUCCAACAAACGCGCGUUGAGUUCGCCCAGAUCCUUCUCCAACGGCUUGUCGAGGCAAACGCCCGAGGUGCUGAAGUCUUCCAGUUGCUGGAGAUCACCUGGAAGGCACUGCGAGCCCGGCGCUUGACAUACGAGGAUGCAUUGAUCAAUGACGAUACCGAGUAUUUCCGGUCCGUCCUCCAUGUGCUCUUCCUCGCUCUCCAAUUCCACCUUGAUAGCCCCUCCCGGAGUGCCCCCGAAGCUAUCAACAAGAAGGCCGAGGUCUCGUCAGAUCUGACUGUCAUUGUGGAAAUUGUCAAAACAAUAGUGGCGCGGGGCUUCAAGUCUCUCACGACUUAUAUCCAUGACGACCCCGAGAAAUGUACACCGAAGGAUUUCGCCAUUAUCAACGCUAUUCUGCAGACAGCGCUGCAUGUGAAGAACGCCGAUCGUCUCUAUGAGCAUAUCGUGUUCCACAUUGAGGAAAACGACACCGCUCGUCAUGCAACGACGCUCUUUUCCUGGGCCGACCAACUAGCCGUGGCCGGGGAUCCUGUCUACGCAGAGCUCAGCAUCUCGCUCUUGGUAAAGAUGUCUAUCCUGCCCAUGCUCGCAGAGCACCUUGCCGUCGAGGCCGUCCUAAUGAAACUCUCCACCUGCCGCCUUACAAACCUUCUCACCCAAAAGAAAGCCUUCGGACCCUUCGACCCCGUCCCUCGACUGUACACCAUCUGGACCGGAGGAUUCCUCCCUCUGUGUCUGAACAUGCUCUACAGCGUCAUGCGGACCGCGCCCGAGGUGUCUGCAUUCCUCAAUCAAUUCGAGUCACGUCUCAGCCGGGCGACCGACGCAUUCUCCAGCCACACGGCUGCCCCGUCCGCCGCGACUACCAAGUGGAUUAGCCUCAGUCUAGUCUCCGAAGCCUACUCGCUUGCCCUUAUUUCAUUCAUCCUAGACCGAUAUCGCGAUGCAGGUGCCAGUGCAGGAGUUGAUGCCCAGGCUAUCCAAAGUCUCAAAUGGGACCGGACGCAGGUCAAGGAAGACCUGGAGGAACUCCUCGGCCGCCGAUCUACACUGCGUGUACGUAUUGUUGCGACUAAUGAGAAGGAGGUGGAAUGGUCUCGGCAAAAGCCAUCCGAUUCAUCCUCGGGGGCAGAGAGCCGAUUGGAGGAGAAGAUUGUUGCUCAGAUGAAGAUGACAGUCAGCUGUCUGGGUGGGGAGGAGGAUUCAUGA